AUGACAAGAUCCCCUGACUUAAGAAGACAAGAUAGAUGGCGUGAGUACCACAAAGACCAUGGUCACGACAUCGAUAAUUGUUUUUCUUUGAAAGAUCACCUGGAAGAAAUGGUGCAAGACGACCGUCUUAUGCAAUAUGUUCAAAAGAGCAAUUCAACAAACACAGUAGCUCUAUGGCAGGAAUCACCCCCUCUUGGUGUAAUUCAUAUGAUGUACAGCCUGUUGGCUUUACCCGAGGUGCACACAAUCCAGUUGCUGUCUAGUACCCAUGGCCCAAUAACGCCAACGAAACGGCCACACAACACUAGACAGAUUAGUUUCGAUGACACUGAUUUAGUUGGAGUGGUCCAUCCCCACACUAAUCCCCUUGUCAUCGAGCUACGUGUAAACAGAUUCACCGUUGAGCAUGUUCUUAUUGAUCAGGGUAGCACUUCGGAGAUAAUGUAUUACCAAACUUUUGUCAAACUUGGUUUUACCGAUUCGGACUUAUCUACGGCUGAUUACCUAUUAUUCGGCUUCAAUGCAAACCCGGAAUACCCUUUGGGCAAGAUCACACUACCUGUACGGGCAGGAACCAGGUCAGUAGACAUUGAAUUUCUGGUUGUAAAGCUCCCUUCGCCAUAUAAUCUGAUCAUGGACCGAACUUGGUUACAUGCAAUGCAAGCCGUACCAAGUACAUACCACCAACUGCUCCAUUUUCCGACUGAAUAUGGUAUCAAACAAAUUCGCGGCUCCCAAAAAUCGGGGCAGGCAUGCUAUCUUCUACCUACAAAGAAACCGAGGGAACUGGAAGUGCAUUCCAUUGAAGUACCGGAUUGCGAGAGUCUCAAAGAUAUUGGGAGAAUCCCAAGUGACAAAGCAACUGAAGCCCUGCAUUGGGUCGAUAGUGAGGGAAAUCCUGCCAAGUUCUUUAUGAUCGGUGCUUCCUUGGAUAAUGUCAAAAAGCAAGAAUCGGUAACCUUCUUACUCGGCAAUAUUGAUGUGUUCGCAUGGUCUCCAUAUGAGAUGCCAGGAGUAGAUCCAUCCGUGGCCCAACACAGUUGA